AUGAAGCGCGAGGAUGUGCAGUUGUUAAUUCGUGAUUUAUCGAAAUUGAAAGACGGUGAAGGCGAACCAAAGAGCUCUGAUGAAAUGGAUCAAUUUGAGAGUUUUGUUCCAGAAGACAACGAAGCAACCGACGAAAAGAAGGAGGACUUGAAGCUGAAAUUCUUGGCUUUAUUCAAAGGAGGACAAGGUGACAAGGGGGGCAAGAGCACUAAAGGCAGUAAAGGUAAGACAUCUACAGGCGGCAAAGGAGGCAAAGGAAGUAAAGGGGGCAAAACUCAAAGCAGUAGUGGAAAGGGAACCAAAGAAAAGAGUAAACCCGCUAAAAUUGAUGAUUCUGAGGAUGAUUGUGAUGAAGCCCUUGUACCAAGUAAAGGUAAAUCUUUCUCGCAAAACAAAAGUUCCAAAGGUGCGAAAUCAGUAAGGGGCAAGCAACAGAAGCCCAUUAAUCAGAAAAUAGUGGAAGAAGAUUGUUCGAGUGAUGAAGAGGAAGUAGCGCCCACAAAGAAAGUCUCAAAAGGAACCACUUUUAAAGGUAAGAAGGGCAAACGCGACUUGGAGUCGGAGGUGGUGAACAACAAGAGGGCGAGUUCAGAAAAUGAAGAAGAUUUUACGGGUGAUCACGACCCCAAUCAAAUUGAAGAAAAAGAAGAAGAAAUUGAAGAAGCUCAUCAACUCGAAGAAACCAUUUUGAUAGACAAGCGUGAUGGGUCAAAAUUAAAGGCACUUUUGAAGAAGAAGAAGAGCAAGAUGUCGAAAGGGGAUAAGGGAACUGUCGAACAAAAUUGUGGCGAAGGUACUAGUAAAGGUACUCAAGCCACGAAGGGCAAAGGGUCAAAAAAACUGAAAACAACUACCAAAUCAAGUGGUAAAUCUAGUGGUAAGUCCAGCAAGGGAAAACGUGAUUUUUCGAAGUUUAAGGGAAAAUUUGCAAAGAAGAAAGGGGAGGGUGACAGCAGCAGUAGCGACAGCGACGACGAUGGUAAAAAUAAAAAGGGUAAGAAGAAGCAAAAGAACGAUAAGGAAAAUGCUGAAAAGUUUCCGAAAUUGAAAAAGCUAUUUGGUAAGGGCAAUCAAAAGGGUGGAAAAUCUGAUAAAGGAAAAGGAAAAGGAAAACAGAGUGGAAAGAAUUGGAACCAAGGCAAAGGUGGAAACGACUGGAACACAGGAAAAGGCGGUCAGAACUGGAACCCUAAUUGGAACACAGGAAAAGGCGGUCAGAACUGGAACCCUAAUUGGAACACAGGAAAAGGCGGUCAGAACUGGAACCCCAACUGGAACACAGGAAAAGGCGGUCAGAACUGGAACCCCAACUGGAACACAGGAAAAGGCGGUCAGAAUUGGAACCCUAAUUGGAACACAGGAAAAGGCGGUCAGAACUGGAACCCUAAUUGGAACACAGGAAAAGGCGGUCAGAACUGGAACCCUAAUUGGAACACAGGAAAAGGCGGUCAGAACUGGAACCCUAAUUGGAAUACAGGAAAAGGCGGUAACUGGAACACAGGAAAAGGCGGCCAGAACUGGAACAAAGGAAAAGGCGGUAACUCGAAUCAAGGCAAAGGGGUCCUGAACUGGAACCCCAACUGGAACCAAGGGUCUGGACAGAACUGGAACCCCAACUGGAACCAAGGGUCUGGACAGAACUGGAACCCCAACUGGAACCAAGGGUCUGGACAGAACUGGAACCCCAACUGGAACACAGGAAAAGGCGAUAAGAACUGGAACCAAGGCAAAGGCGGUAAGAACUGGAACCAAGGCAAAGGUGGUAAAAACUGGAACCAAAAAAGAGAUGCACAGAGCUGGAACCCCAACUGGAACACAGGAGGCUAUGGACAGAGCUGGAAUCCUAAUUGGAACACAGGAAAGGGCGGUCAGAGCUGGAACCCCAACUGGAACACAGGAAAGGGCGGUCAGAGCUGGAACCCCAACUGGAACCCCAACUGGAACACAGGAGGCUAUGGCCAAGGCUGGAACCCCAACUGGAACACAGGAGGCUAUGGCCAAGGCUGGAACCCCAACUGGAACACAGGAGGCUCUGGACAGAACUGGAACCCCAACUGGAACCCUAAUUGGAACACAGGAAAGGGCGGUAAGAACUGGAACCCCAACUGGAACACAGGAAAAGGCGGUAAGAACUGGAACCAAGGCAAAGGUGGUAAAAACUGGAACCAAAAAAGAGAUGCACAGAGCUGGAACCCCAACUGGAACACAGGAGGCUAUGGACAGAGCUGGAAUCCUAAUUGGAACACAGGAAAAGGCGGUCAGAGCUGGAACCCCAACUGGAACACAGGAAAGGGCGGUCAGAGCUGGAACCCCAACUGGAACCCCAACUGGAACACAGGAGGCUAUGGCCAAGGCUGGAACCCCAACUGGAACACAGGAGGCUAUGGCCAAAGCUGGAACCCCAACUGGAACCCUAAUUGGAACACAGGAAAGGGCGGUAAGAACUGGAACCCCAACUGGAACACAGGAAAAGGCGGUAAGAACUGGAACCAAGGCAAAGGUGGUAAAAACUGGAACCAAAAAAGAGAUGCACAGAGCUGGAACCCCAACUGGAACACAGGAGGCUAUGGACAGAGCUGGAAUCCUAAUUGGAACACAGGAAAGGGCGGUCAGAGCUGGAACCCCAACUGGAACACAGGAAAGGGCGGUCAGAGCUGGAACCCCAACUGGAACCCCAACUGGAACACAGGAGGCUAUGGCCAAGGCUGGAACCCCAACUGGAACACAGGAGGCUAUGGCCAAGGCUGGAACCCCAACUGGAACACAGGAGGCUCUGGACAGAACUGGAACCCCAACUGGAACCCUAAUUGGAACACAGGAAAGGGCGGUAAGAACUGGAACCCCAACUGGAACACAGGAAAAGGCGGUAAGAACUGGAACCAAGGCAAAGGUGGUAAAAACUGGAACCAAAAAAGAGAUGCACAGAGCUGGAACCCCAACUGGAACACAGGAGGCUAUGGACAGAGCUGGAAUCCUAAUUGGAACACAGGAAAAGGCGGUAAGAACUGGAACCCCAACUGGAACCCCAACUGGAACACAGGAGGCUAUGGCCAAGGCUGGAACCCCAACUGGAACACAGGAGGCUAUGGCCAAGGCUGGAACCCUAAUUGGAACACAGGAAAAGGCGGUCAGAACUGGAACCCCAACUGGAACCCCAACUGGAACCCCAACUGGAAUCCCAACUGGAAUCAGGGUAAAAGUGGAAGAACUUGGAACACCGGCACGAUAACCUAUGAUAACUCGGACCAAGGAAGAUUAAGGGACACUCAAAAUUUGGAUCAGGGAAGGGUGAGAGCUGAUCGGACCGUGGACCGAGUGGUUGAUCCAAAUGUGAGCCAACCAACACGUGCUGCUACUCAGGUGGUGGUAGUGCCAGCUGUGGAAGGAACGGUAGAAAGAGCAAACAGCAAGCGUGAAGAUACAACAUACCUUAACGGUGAAGCAGUGAUAGAUUUGAACGAGGAGGUGAGUGAUGACGUUGACGUGUUUAAAGCGCAGGGCUUGUUGAGCGGCGGGGGUGGUGCUCUCAAGUCUAAGCUCGGAGGCAAAUCCAAAGGUGGCAAAAAGAAAGCCGAGGCCCCAGCUGAAAAAGAAGCCGAAGAAGAACCUGCAAAAGGAGGAGAAAAAGGAAAGCAGGCUCCAGGACAAGGCAAAGGUAAUGGUGGUAGUCUGAAAGGAGGAAAAGCAUCUGAAGAAGCCACGUCUGGUGGCAAGAAGAAAGCCGAGGCCCCAGCUGAAAAAGAAGCCGAAGAAGAGCCUGCAAAAGGAGGAGAAAAAGGAAAGCAGGCUCCAGGACAAGGCAAAGGUAAUGGUGGUGGUCUGAAAGGAGGAAAAGCAUCUGAAGAAGCCACGUCUGGUGGGAAGAAGAAAGCCGAGGCCCCAGCUGAAAAAGAAGCCGAAGAAGAACCUGCAAAAGGAGGAGAAAAAGGAAAGCAGGCUCCAGGACAAGGCAAAGGUAAUGGUGGUAGUCUGAAAGGAGGAAAAGCAUCUGAAGAAGCCACGUCUGGUGGCAAGAAGAAAGCCGAGGCCCCAGCUGAAAAAGAAGCCGAAGAAGAACCUACAAAAGGAGGAGAAAAAGGAAAGCAGGCUCCAGGACAAGGCAAAGGUAAUGGUGGUGGUCUGAAAGGAGGAAAAGCAUCUGGGGGAGGAGGUAAAGGAGGCGCCGGUAAGAAUGGAGGAAAAGGAUCUGACAAGGGAAAUUCUGGCAAAGGUGGAACGUUGAGCAAACUCAAGGGCAAACUUGGUGGUGGUAAAAUGUCAGGUAUGCUUGGCGGAGGCAAACUCAAAGAGAAAUUUGGCGGUGGUAAAAUGUCAGGAAUGCUCGGAGGAAAGGGCGGUAAAAACGGUGGUGGCAAGAUGGGCGGUAAAAACGGUAAAAAUGGCGGUGGUAAAAACGGCGGUGGUAAAAACGGAGGCGACGAGCUGAAUGGAAAAGGUCAAGAAGCUGUCACUGUUACAGUUACUAAAAUCAAGCCGAUAACAGUGACUGUUUCCGCUGAAGGGCAGCAAAGCAAGGGCGGCGAAGGGCAGCAGGGCAAGGGCGGCAAGAACGGUGGCGGAGAAGCCGCUACUGUCACGGUGACGAAAGAAAAGCAGACGACAGUGACGGUUGCUCCAGGCGGCGGCAAGAAAGGGAAUGCAGCAGAAACGGCUACAGUCAAGGUGACUAAAACUGUGCCAACCACAUUGAUCAGCACUGUGACCGUCACUGCAAUUGUGCAACCCACUAGCGUCAGUCCAUCAAAUGGGAAAGGUAAGAAACCAGGUCCGGGUCCAGAGAGAACCGAACCUACUGAGAAGAAGAAAAAGGGCAAAACUGAACCUGAGGAGCAACCACAGAUAAAACCUGCACCUCCUAAAGAGGAGGAAACUCCUAAAGAGGAGGAAACUCCUAAAGAGGAGGAAACUCCUAAAGAGGAGGAAACUCCUAAAGAGAAAAAAGCUGGUCCUAAAGACAAGGGUAAAGCUGAACCUGCGGAACAGCUUCCCCCGAAGAAAAGCGGGAGGCCUCGUAAUGAGGAACUGGAUAGCGGAACUGAUUCCGAAAGCGAUGAACCUCGAGGUAAUGGUAAGAAACUAAGCAGCAAGGAUGCACAAGUGAUUUAUGCCCAAUCAGACUCUGAGGGAGAAGAAGAAUACUGGCGUGACUGGGAUUUUCAUGCGUUGAGUGUUGAGAUGGACCCCCAAGAGUCUAGAGACGAGACCAGGAGGAACGAAAAGCGGUAUGAUGGUACAAGGUUAGCGAAUCCUCGACACGACGAUCACAAGGCGAAAGAAGUUGAAGAUUUAAUAUGUAAAGUUUACCAAUCUUUGAAAGACACGGGAGUGAUCUUUGAUGUUUUGAAGUUGACAUCGGGAGACUAUGAUUUAAGAAGUGAGUUGACUUGCUUUGUUUUGGAAGUGAUCCCCAAGUUGAUUGCUAGUGGUCAUUUGAAACGGUCACAGCUCGACUGCUUUACUGAGAGAGGGUUCAAAAAAAAUCAUUUUGUUAAGAGAAGCAUAGCUACCGAUGGAGGACAUGCAUUACCGGGGUUCAAAGACUUUCCGCCAAUUGGUAAACCACUGCUUCAACAACUUAUAGGGCCCAUACACGCAAAUGAUACCAGGUUUGGCCAUCAUGAGUCGAAUCAUGUCCAUACUGAAAAGAGUCAUCACGAGGAGCAUCAUUAUUCCAACGUUCGCAAUGCUACUAUAGACCAUACCAUUGAGCAUCAUGAGCGGAAAAAUAAGGAUCACGAAAGGGAGCACCACGAAGAGCACCACCACGGAACGGAUCAUAAACACAAGACUCACGAAAGCAAAUAUGAAGAUUAUAUGAGGGACCGUCACGAGUCUUUAAGGUCUGGCGACCAAAUACGCGAGGAGGAUAGUCAUGAGCUUGAGAAGGCGCACCGCCAGGAAGAUGCAGGGGAGCACCAUAAACACAAUGGUCAAAGAGAGCAGGAGCAUCAUGAAAGCGAGCAUCAUGAAAUUGAGAAGGAGAAAUAUAAGCAAGAUUUUCGCGAGCAUUCACAGGGGAUAAAGUCGGACAAACGUUCUGAUGAGAAGCAUCACGAGAAGGAGGCUUACAAGAAGGAGAAGGAUGUACACGAGUUGGAUCAUCACGAGAAGGAAGAUUCGAAAAGCAAGCACCGCGAAUUUGACUUGCACGAGGAGGAUGACCACGAGCUGGAGACGAACUUCACCGAAAAUACCUACUCUGACAGGGACGGCGAGCGGUAUCACCACAAGGAGAACUAUGAGUCCGGUAAGGAUCAUCACCGCAAGGAUUUCCACGAACUGCGCGAUGACGACGACUCGCAUUACAACAAAGAACUCCACGAGUUUGAUGAGAUUGAAUUUGAAAAGGACAUUGAAAAUGACACCGACUAUUUGAGAAAAAGACACGAGCUGAUUCACAACGAGGAAACGAUUCACAAGGAUACGUCAAAGAGCCACGAGAAGGAUUUGCACGAGAUUCUGCACCACGAUGGCGGAUACCAUGAGAAGGAUGAACACCACAGUGAAAAGUCUUCACACGAGAAUGACAAACACGUGGUGGAUGACCAUCAAAAGGAGAACAAUGGGAAAUAUGAAAAAGACUUGCAUGAAAUUGAUGAGACUACUAAGGACAAGGAGCAUCAUACCGACUACGUGCAUGAGAUUGAUCACGACUGGUUGGCAAGACGUCAUGAUUACGAUUUCAGCGACGUGCUCCACGAGGACCUGAGGGAGAACCAUUCAACACGUUACCGCAAGGAAUUUGGCGACGAUUGGAUUGUUGAUGAGAAGGAGAGUGUUGAAGAAGAUGAGCUCACUAAGGAACGAGCAAGCGUAGUUAUUGGCAGGACAGACAAAGACUUUAGAUUGGCUGAGUAUGACGGCGGCUUUGAACCAUGGGAUGAAGUCACUUUGCAGGAUGGGGCUUACCUCCCUGAGGAGAUUCUUGAGCCCAGGGUUCAUCGUCGUGCAGCGGUGCAUGAACAUGACGUUGAAAAAGUAGGUGCGGUGAAGGACGGAUCCGAUGAAAAGCUCAAGCAAAAGGAGAGUGAGCUGUACGAACACGACUUGAUACACGGCGGAGAACGUCAUUCUAAAGAGCACCAUGAAAAGGAGCACCACGAGCAUGAAACUUACGAGGCUGUUCCCGGAAGAGAACAUCACGAACACGACACCCAUGACCGGGAAGAAUACGAAAAGGAGAAUCACGAGAAAGGACCCACUGAGCUGAAGAAGUAUCUGAAGGCCCAUGACAAGGAGGCCGACAAGAAGAAGCUGCAUGAAGUUUUGCACGCUGACAAGGAGCACAAGUCAAAGAGUGACGGAAGUGGGCUGUUGCAUGCGUCGGUCUCACCAGCUCCAUUACCAAUUGGACCAGCUCCCGGAAUUGCUGGUGUGCCAGCACAAGCUUUGCCGCAAGUUGGAGCUGUUGCAGCCUAA